AUGAAGUCGAAUACAGUACCCCAGAAACGAAAGAAGCAAGAAAGCGAUGACGAGGAUGACAUUGUAAAAGAUGGUAGUCUCACAUCUGCCGCUGAGAAUUUCUUCGAGGCGCUGUCUGAGGCCGGCAUCACUCACUGCUUCGUCAACCUAGGGAGCGACCAUCCCGCGAUGUUGGAAGCGAUGAUCAAGGCUAAGCAAGAAAACAAACUCAAUUUUCCAAACAUCAUUACCUGCCCUUCCGAGCUAGUUGCGCUAUCAGCGGCACUGGGAUAUGCUCAAGCCACCGGAGUUCCGCAAUGUGUAAUUGUGCAUGUCGACUGCGGUACUCUCGCUAUGGGGCAGUCCAUACAUAACGCCUCCGUUAGCAGAGUUCCUGUCCUGUGCUUUGCUGGCUUAAGUCCUUUCACCCAGAAUGGCGAAUUGUUGGGUUCCAGAACAGAGUUCAUCCAUUGGCUACAAGACGUACCCGAUCAAGCAGCGAUUGUCCGACAAUACUGCAGAUACACAGGUGAAAUAAAGACCGGACGCAAUAUCAAGCAGAUGGUCUCGCGAGCUUUGCAAUUUGCUACAUCUGACCCCAAAGGCCCGGCAUAUCUAAUGGCCGCGAGAGAGGUACUUGAGGAAGUAAGAAUUUGCAUUGAUCGAGAUAAACUAAAAUUACUACUAACCGAAUCUGCUAUGCAGCAUGUGGGAAAGGAAUCCCUAGACGGGGAAAUUCUCAGUUCAAUCGCUCCAAGUGCAUUGCCAGAGCAAGAGGUGGAAUUAAUUGCCAAGUCGCUCAUGGGUGCAAAGCGACCGCUCGUCAUCACAAGUUAUCUUGGUCGGAAUCUCAAAGCACCAGCCUUCUUAGCCGAGCUUUGUGACAAGCUUCCAAUCACUGUCGUGGAGAUGGUCGGCUCUGACGUUUGUCUGAGGAGUGACCACGAAGCAUAUCGCGGUGUUACCGUCACUACUCAUCCGGAAGUCCUUGAAGCCGACGUCAUUCUUAUUCUCGAUUGCGAUGUGCCUUGGAUUCCUACUGCUGGGAAGCCCCGGAGCGGCACGAAGGUGUUCCAUCUGGACGUCGAUCCGCUGAAGCAACAGAUGCCACUCUUUUCAAUCAAUGCCACUCGCAGGCUCAAGGUUGGCUGUGAAAUUGCGCUUGAGCAAAUCAAUGCUUUCCUAGAUAAGCAGAACAUUGACCGGGCUAAGUACACCCUGGAGUUUGAGGAGCGGUCAAAGAACUACAAGACCUGGAGGGAAACUCUACAAACACUUGAAUCACCAUCCGAAGAUGGCGUAGUCAGUGUGCCAUACCUAGCAUCAAGACUGCGUAAUUGCCUCCCCCAAGGGACUAUUUACGUUUUGGAGGCUGUAACCAAUGCCGGCCAUCUCAUCCACCAUCUAAACCUGACAAAGCCAGGAAGUCUGGUUGCCAGCGGUGCAGGUGGUUUAGGAUGGGGAGGUGGUGCAGCACUGGGCGUCAAGCUAGGAAAGCCCGGUUCAUUCAUAUGUGCAGUCGUCGGUGACGGAGUAUAUCUGUUCUCGCAGAUGGAAAGCGUCUAUUGGAUCGCCAGACGCUACGAUAUUCCUUUCCUCCUCGUCGUGCUUAACAACGGCGGAUGGAACGCACCAAAGGUGUCUGCGCUUCUAGUCCACAAGGAAGGGCUAUCGUCGAAGUCAAAUAGACGAGAUCUCAAUAUCUCGUUUGAGCCUUCUCCCGAUUACCCCGGUAUCGCCGCUGCAGCCGGUAAGGCGUGGGGUGCAACAGUCACCACGCAAGGCGAGCUUGAUCCUGCUAUCAAAGAAGCGACAGGCGUUGUCCAGGGUGGUAAAUGUGCUGUUAUUGAGGUUUCAAAUGCCUUCAGUCGCAUGCCCUCCGCCGCCUCCACCCCCUCCUCCCCGCGGACCUGCGGGUGA